GAACUCUUGUUACAUAACUUUGACUAAGAGGGAUGUGAAGAUUUUCAUAUCUGUUGUUAUAAACAUGGCUGCUUGGAGUUCAUUUCGGAAAGCAGUUUGGGGUUGGAGCCCUCAAAAUUGUAUUGCAAGGUCACAAUUAAAUGAUUUUAAUGCAGCGUUAGGAGUACAAAAAUGUAUGAUGAGUGGUGGCCAUGGCCCACGAUAUAUGCCACUCACACCAUCCCGAUGGCAGUGGCACAGGUUUAAAGACAUGGCACAUUACUACUUUAUGAUUGGCCUCAUACCAGUUGGGCUUAUCGUUUUUUAUGCAAAUGUAUUCAUUGGACCUGCUAAACUGGCUGAAAUUCCAGAAGGCUAUGAACCUAAAUACUGGGAAUACCAUAGGCAUCCAAUCACACGUUUCUUAGCACGUUACCUUCUGCCAAGUCCUCAACAGGACUAUGAAAAAUUUUUGCACCGGAUGUAUGAAGAGGAUGAGAAAGCAAAAAUAAGAAAACUUGAGAAGAAAAUCCGUUUAAAGAUGGCAGAGCGACGCGAUUACCAGGGUUACUAUGCUCGUCCAGUUGAUGCAAAGUAUCACCGUGUAUCGAAAGAAGCUGCUGAUUAUCUUGAGUCUCUUCGUGGAGAUUAGAGUUCAUUGUUUCACAAACAUGUAGUUACACUAUGUUUCCAAUUGUAUAGUUUAAUAAAUUAAAAAGUAAAAUAUUAA